AUGGUACAGGAAUGUGAGAAACAUUGUAAAGAUCUGAUCAAUGGGAAGAAAGUUGAAGUUGUUAUAAGUUCUGUAGAACAUAUGUCUUUUGACAAUGACUAUUUUGAUAGAGUCUUUCAUACUAAUUGUUACUAUUUUUGGCCUGAUUUGGACAGAGCGGUACAGGAAAUUGUUCGCGUAAUGAAACCAGGAUCACAAAUGGUAACUGCUCUGAAUUUGAAUGCACUGAAAGAAAUAAAGAAAGGUGGCUUCCUGCAAUCUGGAAACCCAGAUCCAGUGCGUUACAUGGCAGCAUUAGAAAUGCAUGGAUUUGAAAAUGUUGAAUUUAAGUAUGAAAAUGAUCGUGGUUUUGCCUUUCAAGUUAUUUUCGCUAAAUUGGGACACAAGGAAAAUAAUAUGGAUAGUGCAAAAUUGUGA